CUCUCACUCUGCUCUCAGUCGAACCUUUCCUACUGGUGAAUUAAAACCAAUUGGCCUUCUUGGGAGAGCUUGCCCCACCCUUUGUGGUUUGCUUUCCAGCUUUAAACUACAUAGUUGCUGCGGCACUAUGAAAGCUUGAGCGAGCUAUCUGGAAAAGCUGAUAUUGAGGUUUGCUCAGACUUCACAAAAAGCUCGAAGUUCAUUAAUUGGCUAAAUUAUUAUUAUUUUUUGUAAUUUCAGAAAUAGAUACGCAUCGAAAGGUCCGUCGACUCCAGUGUUCUACAUCGGUGGUCAUCUCACAAUGGCCGCCCCUACAACCAUCAAAAUCCUCGGUCGCGAUAGCAUCGUCGCCGACUUUGGCAUUUGGAAGCGUCAUGUGGCCGAUGACUUGCUCACCAAUUGCUCCUCUUCGACAUAUAUUCUCAUCUCCGAUACCACCCUGACUCCUUUAUACGUUCCAAGCUUUCAAGCAGCUUUUGAAAAUGCAGCGUCGGGUCUAACCCCCAAACCACGCCUUCUCACUUACGCUAUUCCUCCCGGAGAGUUGUCAAAGUCUCGUCAGACAAAGGCAGACAUCGAAGACUGGAUGCUGAGUCGCCAGCCACCAUGUGGUCGCGACACUGUCAUAAUUGCUCUUGGUGGGGGAGUGAUUGGCGAUCUAAUCGGCUACGUAGCAGCGACAUACAUGCGUGGAGUCCGCUUCGUCCAAGUGCCUACAACAUUGCUGGCCAUGGUGGAUUCGUCAAUCGGUGGCAAGACUGCGAUUGAUACACCUCACGGAAAAAACUUGAUUGGUGCGAUUUGGCAGCCACAAAAAAUUUAUCUAGAUAUGGAAUUUUUGAACACACUGCCAGAGAGAGAAUUCAUCAAUGGGAUGGCUGAAGUGAUCAAGACUGCUGCCAUAUCCAGCGAAGAAGACUUUGCGGCUUUAGAAAAGAAUGCGGAUGCUAUCCUUUCAGCAGUGAAGUCGGAAAACACUCCAGAGCGUCCACGGUUUGGUGGGAUUCAAGAGAUUUUGAAGUUAACAAUUUUAGCAUCUGCAAGAUUCAAAGCCGAUGUCGUGUCUAAAGACGAAAGAGAGGGCGGUCUGCGCAACCUUCUCAACUUUGGCCAUUCCAUUGGACAUGCUAUCGAAGGCAUACUCGCGCCACAGAUCCUUCAUGGGGAAUGUGUCGCUAUAGGCAUGGUCAAAGAGGCCGAAUUGGCUCGACAUCUCGGACUUUUGAAGAACGUUGCAGUGCCUCGUCUUGUUAAAUGUUUGGCAAGUUACGGACUACCAACAUCUCUAAAGGAUUCACGAAUAAGGCGACUAAGUGCCGGAAAACAUUGUAGCGUUGACCAGCUCCUCGCAUUUAUGGCUGUCGAUAAGAAAAACGCUGGCCCAAAGAAAAAAGUUGUUCUCUUAUCCGCCAUCGGUCGUACUCAUGAGCAGCAAGCGAGUGUUGUAUCGAAUGAAGAUAUCAAAAUCGUGCUCGCACCAAGCAUUGAGGUCUCCCCCGGUGUUCCCAAAUCCCUGCAAGUCACUUGCACCCCUCCAGGAUCGAAAAGUAUUUCAAACAGAGCUCUUGUUUUGGCCGCUCUCGGUUCCGGUACCUGUCGCAUCAAGAACCUUCUGCAUUCAGAUGACACGGAAGUCAUGCUCAAUGCGCUAGAGCGCCUGGGAGCCGCAACAUUCUCCUGGGAGGAAGAAGGUGAGGUCCUUGUUGUUCAUGGUAAUGGGGGUACUUUAAAAGCUAGCCCUGAAGAGCUAUACUUGGGCAAUGCUGGGACGGCGUCGAGAUUCCUCACCACGGUUGCAACUCUUGCCAACAACGGCACUGUUAGUUCCACCGUUCUUACAGGAAAUGCACGAAUGAAGCAACGGCCAAUUGGUGCCCUUGUUGACUCCUUGAGGGCCAAUGGUGCAGGCGUCGAAUACUUGGAGACCAAUGGAUGCCUUCCCCUAAAAAUCGACGCUUCAGGGGGGUUUGCAGGAGGAGAAAUCAGUCUCGCUGCUAAAAUAUCCUCUCAGUACGUGUCGUCUUUGCUGAUGUGCGCCCCUUAUGCGAAAGAGCCGGUAACUCUGAAGCUUGUCGGCGGUAAGCCAAUUUCACAACAAUACAUCGAUAUGACAACCGCUAUGAUGCGAUCAUUUGGGAUCGAUGUAAAGCGUUCAACCACUGAAGAACAUACAUAUCACAUUCCUCAAGGCAAAUAUGUGAAUCCAGCAGAAUAUAUUAUCGAAAGUGAUGCAAGUUCGGCAACAUAUCCCCUCGCCGUCGCUGCAAUUACUGGUACUACAUGUACGAUUCCCAACAUUGGAUCCAAGUCCUUACAGGGAGAUGCGCGGUUUGCAGUAGAUGUUUUGAGACCUAUGGGGUGUGAGGUCAGUCAAUCUGAAUAUUCGACUACCGUUACUGCGCCCAAGGAUGGAGUCCUAAAGCCAUUGCCAAACGUCGAUAUGGAGCCUAUGACGGAUGCUUUCCUGACCGCCUCAGUACUUGCUGCCGUUGCAACGGGAAGUCCAAAUCGUACAACCAGAAUUUUCGGCAUUGCAAAUCAACGGGUUAAGGAAUGCAACCGAAUUAGAGCGAUGAAGGAUGAGCUGGCAAAAUUCGGAGUUAUUUGUCGAGAGCACGAUGACGGCCUAGAAAUUGAUGGUAUUGAUCGCUCUACGUUGUUGCAGCCUCCGCACGGAGUCCAUUGCUACGAUGACCACCGUGUAGCAAUGAGCUUCAGUGUUCUCUCUUUAACAGCGCCCAAACCCACCCUCAUCCUUGAAAAAGAAUGUGUAGGAAAAACUUGGCCUGGCUGGUGGGAUACCUUGGCACAGCUUUUCAAAGCCAAACUCGAAGGUGUUGAAUUAAAAUCAUCUACGAAACAAAAAGCUGAAAAGCCUGCAGCAUCAAUUUUCAUUAUUGGAAUGCGAGGUGCCGGGAAGACAACAAGCGGACUUUGGGCAGCUAAGGCUUUGAAGCGCCCAUUCAUUGACCUCGAUGUGGAACUUGAAAGCACCAUUGGCAAGACAAUCCCGGAAAUUAUCAAAGAGCGAGGCUGGGAAGGUUUCAGGGAAGCAGAACUGGCACUCUUGCAGAAAGUCAUACGCGAGAAACCAACAGGAUAUGUGUUCGCUUGCGGAGGUGGGAUUGUCGAAACUCAAGAGGGCCGUGACCUUCUCGUGCAAUAUCAUAAAGCCAAUGGAAACGUUCUUCUGCUUAUGCGAGAUAUUAAAGAGGUCAUGGAUUUCUUAAAGAUCGACAAGACACGACCAGCCUAUGUUGAGGAUAUGAUGGGCGUGUGGCUUCGUCGAAAGCCUUGGUACCAGCAAUGCAGCAACUUCCAGUUUUACAGCCAGCAAAGCACUCAAGACGAGAUGGGCAGGGCUCUAGAAAGCUUCUCGCGUUUCUUAAGGGUCAUUACUGGGGAGGUUGACCACCUUUCUCUUUUGAAGAAGAAGCCACAGUCUUUUUUCGUUUCCUUGACGCUUCCUGAUCUGCGCCCUUCUGCGGAGAUAUUGGGCGAUGUUACCCUGGGCUCGGAUGCUGUAGAGUUACGUGUCGAUUUGCUUGUGGACCCAUCUUCUGCCAACGAUAUUCCGUCUGUCGACUACGUUGCUGAACAGAUAUCAAUGCUUCGUAGUCGCGUAUCUCUUCCGCUUGUGUUUACUAUCCGAACCAAAAGCCAAGGUGGCCGUUUCCCUGAUGAUGCACAUGAUGCAGCUCUGGAUCUCUAUCGGCUUGCUGUGCGUAUGGGAUCAGAGUUUGUUGACCUCGAAGUUACAUUCCCCGAGCACAUCCUCCGCGCUGUGACUGAGAUGAAGGGCUUUUCCAAGAUUAUUGCUUCCCACCAUGACGUUUCUGGCAGUCUAUCCUGGGCUAACGGAUCCUGGGGUCAGUUCUACAACAAGGCAUUGCAAUAUGGAGAUAUCAUAAAGCUGGUUGGAGUCGCUAAAUGUUUAGACGACAAUAUUGCUCUCAGAAAAUUUAAGACCUGGGCACAAGAUGCGCAUGAAAUACCUGUGAUUGCUAUCAAUAUGGGCGAAAAGGGUAGGCUCAGUCGUAUCCUGAACGGUUUUAUGACACCCGUGUCUCAUCCAAAACUUCCUUUCAAAGCAGCACCCGGCCAGCUUUCCGCACAAGAUAUCAGAAAAGGGCUGUCAUUAAUGGGUGAAAUUGAACCAAGGAAGUUUGCAAUCUUUGGAAAACCCGUUUCCGCGUCCAGGUCGCCCGCAAUGCACAACGCCUUGUUUGCACAAGUCGGCCUGCCCCAUGCCUAUAGCCGUCUAGAGACAGACAAUGUGGAAGAUGUCAGGGAAUUUAUCCACGCCCCUGAUUUUGGGGGUGCUUCCGUCACGAUCCCUCUUAAGCUCGACAUCAUGCCAUUACUUGAUGAAAUUUCGCCAGAAGCCCAAGUGAUCGGAGCCGUUAACACCAUCGUGCCUAUCCCACGUGGCCCAGGUGAUAUGACGGGUUAUCCACGCCUUAUUGGCUAUAAUACCGACUGGCAGGGUAUGGUCCGAUGCCUACGUCACGGCAAAGCAAUCUCACCAUCGUUCGCUGAUACUGCUGUGCCUGGCCUCGUAAUUGGUGGUGGCGGCACUGCCCGGGCAGCUAUCCACGCUCUCUACAGUAUGAGUUACUCUCCCAUCUACCUCAUUGGCCGCUCAGAAGCCAAAGUGGCUGAAAUGGCGUCGACUUUCCCCGAGAAAUAUAGUGUCCAGGUUCUCAAGGACGCAACAUCCUUAGAAAAUCUCCCUAUGGUGGCAAUUGGCACUAUCCCAGGAGAUCGGCCGAUUGACCCCAGCAUGAGAGAAGUUUUGUGUCGCCUAUUUGAAAAUGCAGCUCGCGUUGAUUCUGAGCUGUCUGCGAAAGGAGAGGUGCCAGCAAAAAGAGUUUUACUGGAGAUGGCCUAUAAACCCGAUAUUACGCCCUUGAGCCAAUUGGCUAGCGACUCUGGUUGGUCGACAAUUCCUGGCUUGGAGGCAUUGGUUGGACAAGGAGUACAUCAGUUCGAGCUCUGGACCGGAAUUACGCCUGUCUACCAAGACGCAAGAGCUGCAGUCAUGAAUCCGGGCACCGACAACCGAGGCUGACAGCCGUAAUUCUUGUUUUUCCUUGGAUUUAUAAAGCUUCAAGACACUCGGGAUUUGGAUACAUAUAUCCUCUCUAUAAUAUUAGUUUAGACCGAAAAUUUUUACGUAUUGUUCCCAAAAUGCUUGAACGCUUGCAUUUCAUGCGGCUACCGAUCAUUUCAAAGACCCUUUUGAAUAAUGAACAAAACUACAAGAAAUAGUAAAACUAAAUACUCCACGUAGAUCUUUCCUUUAUAUAUGUGCUUGAAAGGUCGUUUAAACCAAGAUCUAAGUCCACUAAUUUCCAAGCGACAUUCAAUAAAUCUUUCCAAGGCAUAACAAAAACCCAACUUAUUGGCCUUGAUCAUUUAUUUCGUUGACUUCAUCUUUUUCUUUCGCUUGCUUUUUUCCCUUUCCUUUUCCUAUAAUUUCCUUCUCCUUCGCUUCUCUCCACUCGCAUUCGUCCCUAAACUCACAGAUCCGACACUUCCACGCUUCUACCAUGCCAACACCUUUCGCUGAUCUACCUCCUCGCCAGAAACGCAUGCCGUCAGCUAGAUAAGGAUAUAAGUCGUUGGCGUCGAAGAAGAACGAUCUGCUACCAAUGUAUUCCAUGGGUUUCGAUGGAUCGGACGUCGAAGAGAUGUACUCUGCUGUUAGAAGGGGCGAUAGGAGGGUAGGUGGGGAAAUUUUAUUGUCGUUGGCGUUCUCUUCACCCGGGACAUUGGGUAUUUCAGGUAUUUGUGGUUUGGGCAGGAAUGUAAGGUGGAAGUGCUCUUUCAUAAGGGACCAGAGACUCGAGAGCGAAUUGUGUUUUAGAAGGAUGGAGACGGAAUCUUGCUCAUUCGACGAGGGAGCCGUUUGAUCGCUGUCUGGAUUUGAUUGUGGCGACGAGUUGAUGUCCAGAAAGCCAUCGUUGAGACUGCCCACCUGAGCAAUAAAAACAUCGGAAAAAGGUUGGUCGGCUUUCAAGCGGUGUCGCGAAGCUAUCGCAUCGAUUGUGAUAUCGUCGCUAGUUAUGAGUCUGGUGAGCAUAUGAUAAUAUAGAUGAAGCUGUAUAAGGGUAGGUCGAAACGCUAUGCUUGAUACAGUUGGCGGUUUUGCAGAAGAGCGCCUCGUUUUGAUAUCUGUGAUGUAUAUCUUUUUCCCUGUUGUCGACGGCGCAGGGACUACUCCUCCAGUCCAACUAGUCUUUGUUGAUGC